GGUAAAAAAAAAAAAACAACUUUUGAUGAGAAGUCUAUAAAAACUCUGUGUUCCAUCCUAUUGGGCAGCUGCUGCCUCACUCACAGCUUCUGAUAUCCAAGAGAACUCUUCUCUCCCAAACUACCUGUCACCAUGGCCCACCAAUACCCAGCCCUCAGCUCAGGGCAGAAGAAGGAGCUCUCAGAAAUCGCCCAGCGCAUUGUUGCCAAUGGAAAGGGGAUCCUGGCUGCAGAUGAAUCUGUCGGCACCAUGGGAAACCGUCUGCAGAGGAUCAAGGUGGAAAACACCGAGGAAAACCGCCGGCAGUUCCGAGAAAUCCUCUUCUCCGUGGACAAUUCCAUCAACCAGAGCAUCGGGGGAGUGAUCCUCUUCCAUGAGACCCUCUACCAGAAGGACAGCCAGGGAAAGCUAUUCAGAAACAUCCUCAAGGAGAAGGGGAUCGUGGUGGGAAUCAAGUUGGACCAAGGAGGUGCUCCCCUUGCAGGAACAAACAAAGAAACCACUAUUCAAGGGCUUGAUGGCCUCUCAGAGCGCUGUGCUCAGUACAAGAAAGAUGGCGCUGACUUUGGGAAGUGGCGUGCUGUGCUGAGGAUUGCCGACCAGUGUCCAUCCAGCCUCGCCAUCCAGGAAAAUGCCAAUGCUCUGGCCCGCUACGCCAGCAUCUGUCAGCAGAAUGGGCUAGUACCUAUUGUUGAGCCAGAGGUAAUUCCUGAUGGAGACCAUGACCUGGAACAGUGCCAGUAUGUUACUGAGAAGGUCCUGGCUGCUGUCUACAAGGCCCUGAAUGACCAUCAUGUUUACCUGGAGGGCACCUUGCUAAAGCCCAACAUGGUGACUGCUGGACAUGCCUGCACCAAGAAGUAUACUCCAGAACAAGUGGCUAUGGCCACUGUCACCGCUCUCCACCGUACUGUUCCUGCAGCUGUUCCUGGCAUCUGCUUUUUAUCUGGCGGCAUGAGUGAAGAGGAUGCUACUCUCAACCUCAAUGCUAUCAACCUUUGCCCUCUACCAAAGCCCUGGAAACUAAGUUUCUCUUACGGACGGGCCCUGCAGGCCAGCGCUCUGGCAGCCUGGGGUGGCAAGGCUGCAAACAAGAAGGCCACCCAGGAGGCUUUUAUGAAGCGGGCCGUGGCUAACCACCAGGCAGCCACAGGACAGUACGUUCACACGGGCUCUUCUGGGGCCGCAUCCACCCAGUCGCUCUUCACCGCCUGCUAUACCUACUAGGACCUGACGCCCGCCAGCCUGGCUCCAGUGCUUCUAGGUUCCAGUAGGAGGGCUGAAAGGGAACGACCUUUUGACCAACACUGGAAAUGAGAAAAAAAUUACAUGGGAACUGCUAGAAACACAAAACAUGUUAAUCUUAAACAUAUGGGGAGAAAAAAACUAAAUCAAAUGCAACACCUCAAAAGCUGGGUGUAGAGAAGUAGAGAAGUGCAUCUUACGAAACAAUCUUAGCAGUGGUAGGUUGGGAAGGAGAAAUCUGCAACCUUAAGAAGAAAUAAAAUGUUCUAUAAACCUUC